UUUAAAAACAGCUUUGCAGAUGAUUUCUGUCUGAAGUUGUGCGUGAACAGUCCUCUUCUCCUUCACUACAAUGAAGACGAUUGUGUUCGCUUUGCUGGUCCUGGCUGUGGCUUGCAGUGCCGAUGAUAAAAUCAUUGGAGGUUAUGAAUGCUCACCCAACUCGCAGCCCUGGCAAAUCUACUUGACUUAUGAUAACGGUCAGCGCUGGUGUGGAGCAUCUCUGAUUAAUGAUAGAUGGGCCGUUUCUGCUGCCCACUGCUAUCUUGUAGCUAAUCGUCUUACUAUCCAUCUGGGAGAGCACAACAUAGCUGUUGAAGAAGGCACAGAGCAGCGAAUCAAGGCAGAGAAAGUAAUCCCUCACCCGAAAUAUAAUGAUUAUACAUUGGACAAUGACUUCAUGCUGAUCAAGCUGAAAGAACCUGCAGUUUUCAACCAGUACGUUCAGCCGAUUCCUCUGACGACCAGCUGUUCUUCUGAAGGAGAGCAGUGCUUGGUUUCUGGAUGGGGGAAUCAGAUCAACACUGGAGUUGACUAUGCCGAUGUGCUGCAGUGUUUGAACCUGCCUGUUCUGACAAGAGCCCAGUGUGAGGGUGCGUAUGGAUGGCAAAUCACUAAAAACAUGUUCUGUGCUGGAUUCAUGGAGGGAGGCAAAGACGCAUGUCAGGGUGAUUCUGGCGGCCCUGUGAUAUGCAAUGGUGAGCUGCGAGGGGUCGUUUCUUGGGGUUAUGGUUGUGCUGAUUCAGGCUAUCCCGGGGUUUAUACUGAGGUCUGCCGCUACACUGACUGGGUUGCGUCCACCAUUUUCAUCUUCUCCACUGCAAUGAAGACUGUUGUGUUUGCUUUGCUUGUUGUGACUGUGGCUUGUAGUCCGGUUGACAAAAUCAUUGGAGGUUAUGAUUGUCCUCAAAAUUCACAGCCCUGGCAGAUCUACCUUACUAAUGAUGGGCAACGCUGGUGUGGAGCAUCUCUGAUUAACGAUAACUGGGCCGUUUCUGCGGCUCACUGCAACAUUACAGCUAAUCUUCUUACUGUCUAUCUGGGAAAGCACAACAUAGAUGUUGUAGACAAAACAGAGCAGCAGAUCAAGACAGAGAAAGUGUUUCCUCACCCAGAAUUUAAACUUCCUUCAUUGGACAACGACAUCAUGCUGAUCAAGCUGAAAGAGCCUGCAGUGUUCACCCUGUACGUUCAGCCGAUUCCUCUGACGACCAGCUGUUCUUCUGAAGGAGAGCAGUGCUUGGUUUCAGGAUGGGGCUACACUGAAGUUGGUUUACCUUCUGCGCUGCAGUGUUUGGAUUUGGCUGUACAGUCGAGACAGGAGUGUGAGCGUGUGUAUAAAAAUGAAUUUACUCAGAACAUGCUCUGUGCUGGAUUCAUGGAGGGAGGAAAAGGCGUUUGUCAUGGUGACUCUGGUGGUCCGCUUGUGUGCAAUGGUGAACUGCGAGGAGUUGUUUCGUGGGGAGCAGGCUGUGCUGAACCAGGAUAUCCUGCAGUUUAUGUUGAGGUCUGCCGUUACACUGACUGGAUCGCAACCACCAUCGCAAACAACUAACUGUUUGUUCAGCUGAAUUGGGCUUGCUGAAAGCAUCUUUAAAUAAACCGCUUUCUCAGCCUGCAACAAAACAAAAAGAUUUCUGUUAUUUCAUAUGGGCAAUAGUUCAUAUUAUACGCUAGUGUUUAAUACGCAACUGCUAGGUGUUGUUUGUUGGGGCUACUACUGUGCUUUAAAGGACAAACCUAGAGUAUUCUGA